AUGGGUUUGGAUUGCUUUCUCUGUUGGUUCGAGAAUGCAACUGCGAGGGAUAAUGUCCUUAUCGGUGGUCCGUGGUACGUGGCUGGCCAAAUCAUUGGGGUGGAUCAAUGGACCAUUGGAUCCAAGCCCAAUUCAGCUAGGAGCUUCUCUUCACCUGUCUGGCUUCGACUCCCUAACCUGCCUCUGGAGUACUGGGAUUCGGACAACUUGGCCAGGUUGGCGACCGGGGUGUGGGAACCGCUACUCAUGGAGGAGCAGACUAACACAUGGAAUCGGUGUGCUUUUGCACGUAUAUGCGUCCGCAUUGAUCUUUCCAAGAAAUUACCCAAGGGAGUAUGGGCUCAGGGGUUGAAAGGGGCUUUUUUUCAACCCAUAAAAAAAGAAGGCAUCCCCCUAAUAUGUAUGUCGUGUGGCAAGGUUGGUCAUAAAAUGGAGGGGUGCAGGGAAAUUCCACCACAGUCCAAGAAUGAUAUGGCGACUAGGGGGCCUGCCACUCAGGCACCUACAGGACAUUUAAAUCAUAUGGAAAUUGAGGGAGGACCGGAUGCUGCUUCCCCUUCUAUGGCUGAUGAUCCAGGGGAAUGGACAAUCGUUAAUAGGAGGAGACGACCCAACAAGCGGAACGCGACCAAUCCGAACAAUAAUGUGACAAAACCUUCUAGUGGAAGUAAGGUCUGGCAGGUUGUGAACAGAGGGAAUACUUCCAUGGAGAUUCAGGAGCCUUUAUUACCCACCGACCGUGGGAAUAAAGCUGGGACUCAUAUAUUGAACAAGAGGCUUUCUGUUGGGGACAAAGAUGUCCGUGGUAAAGCUCCGGCUGGGAAUGAGGUUACAAAGGUGGGGGGCCUUAUGGCUCACAUAGCAACAGUGAUGGUUCAAUCAAGUUGGCGCCGUUGCCGAGCAAGAUAG